CUUCACAUAAUUCCCUCACAUUCUCUCCAAUACAAUCCCCCAGUGAAGUUCGGCAAGGAAUUCACGGCUCAAAUGGUGCCGGAGUGGCACAACGCCUACAUGGAUUACAAUGUCCUCAAAACCCUUUUGAAAGGGAUUCAGAGAUUCAAGCUCAGAAAUGGCCCUUCUCCCACCCCUCAGCCCUCUGCCUUGAAGCGCAAGCUUACUCUCUACAGAGCCUUCAGCGGUCUCACUCAGGGUACAGCUCAUCCUUCCACUCCUUCUCAUACCGAUUUCGACAACCAAGCAAUUCUCGUUAACUGUAUGCACGAGGAUGGCUCUCAGACCUACAAGACCACAUUCCUUUGGGCUGCCGAUGAUGGCGCUGAGAACGAACUCGUCUACUUCAAGAGGCUCGAUGAAGAGUUUAAUAAAGUCGAUAAGUUCUAUAAGGCUAAGGUCGAGGAGGUCAUCAAGGAAGCGGAGAUGUUGGACAAGCAGAUGGAUGCUUUGAUUGCUUUCAGAGUCAAAGUCGAGAACCCUCAGGGUUUGCUUUUCGAUAUGGCUGAGAAGACUGUUGAUAUGACGCGUCUUGCUUCUGGGAUUGCUGCUUCUUCCGCUGUCUCGUCGGUUUCCACCCCGAAAGGGGCUUUAUCUAGAAAAAGACCUCAUGUGGGCAUGGAGAUAAUUGAGGAAGGUGGGGGUGGUGAGUUAAAUGAAGAUGGGGACGAUAUCGACAUGAUAUCCGGAGGUAAACAGGUUGGAGAAGAUAAAUUGAGCAAAUUGAAGGUUGUUAGACCACCUCCAUUAAAUGUUCUUGAUCGUGUGAAAAUGAAUGAAACCGUUGAAACACCUCGUUCAACCAUCAAGGAAUUCCUUAAAAUCUCUAAGAACACUGAACUCCGGUUCAGCAGAGACAAUCUAAAUAAAGUUGAAGAACAACUCAAGCAUGCCUUCUCUGUGUUUUACCAGAAACUUAGGCUUCUCAAGAGCUUCAGCUUCUUGAAUACACUGGCGUUCUCAAAGAUCAUGAAGAAAUAUGACAAGGUUACAUCACGAAAUGCCUCAAAAACCUACAUGAAAACGGUGGACAGUUCUUACCUUGGACGAUCAGAUGAUGUUGCCAAGUUAAUGGAGAGGGCUGAGAACACAUUCAUCAAACAUUUUUGCAAUUCCAAUCGCAGCAAAGCCAUGAAUAUUUUAAGACCCAAAGCAAAGAGAGAGAAACAUUGGACAACAUUUUCCAUGGGCGCAUGCUCUGAUUUUCACCAUGAUUUGUUGUACCAUUUAUGCUUAUUAUGUUUUCUAGCUGGCUGCUCUGCAGCUCUUGUCUUAGCCCUCGUCUUAAUUAUUCGUGCCCGCAAUAUUGUGGAUAGCAGUGGAAGCACGAAGUACAUGGAAACCAUGUUUCCCCUUUACAGCCUGUUUGGAUUUAUUGUUCUGCAUUUGGUUAUGUAUGCUGCGGACAUAUACUUUUGGUGGCAAUAUCGAUACUUUUUCUUAGCUGACCAGCUAACCAGCCAGGUGCAAGCACUCAGAUGUUUGGAAUUUUAUAUUUGCUAUUAUGGUUGGGGAGAUUACAGAAUUAGAGUAAACACGUGCAAGGCUAAUACCAUAUUCCAAACCAUCGGUUUCAUUGUCGCCGCUAUUCCACACUUGUCGCGCUUGCAGCAGUGCCUUCGUCGGCUGUAUGAAGAGAAGGAUAAAAUGCACGCACUGAACGGAAUGGAAUACUCAUUUGCUAUCGCUGCCGCUUCCUUCAGGACAGCAUACAGUCUGAACAAGACCUUGUAUCUUUGGUAUAUACUAGCUUGGGUAUUUUCAGUGAUGGCAGCAGUAUCGGGCACGUACUGGGACCUUGUGAUCGACUGGGGGCUUCUGCAACGGCAUUCGAAGAACCGGUGGUUGAGGGACAAGCUCCUCGUCUCUUGGAAGAGCGUAUACUUCGUUGCAAUGGCGUUGAAUGUGAUGCUGAGACUUGCUUGGAUGCAAACUGUGUUGAACUUCAAAGUCCCUUUCUUACACAAAGAAGGGUUGGUUGCAAUUCAGCCACGACAAGCUUCAACUUUCUUUCCCACCUAA